AUGGGCCGCUUUGAUCUUGAAUAUCCUAAAGAGGCCAUUAACACCGUCAAGCGCGAAAACGACCGCGCUGUCUAUGCCCUCAAGACCAUUCAUCACAUCGUCAACUCCUGCCAGAUCCUCCAUGUCUCCUUCAAUACCCCCCCUCAGCCCUUUCCCGUCAUUCUUCCCAUGAUCGGUCAGAUGGGCUCAUUUGAUCGGCCCAGUGCAGAUAUCAGUGACCCAUUAGACCUCUAUCUGCACGGGUAUGUCUCGAGUCGCUUUGUCAAUUUGGGUCGUGAGUCCGGCGCUGAGAAAGGCCUAUCCGUAUGCGUUGCUGCAUCUCACGUUGAUGGCCUUGUUUUGGCCUUGUCAUCCUUCUCUCACAGUUACAACUAUCGCUCUACUGUGCUCUUCGGUCACGCGACGCUCGUGGAGGACGAGGAGGAGAGAAUGUAUGCCAUGGAGCUCAUUACUAACAGUGUGGUACCGGACCGCUGGCGACACACCCGUCUUCCGCCAACCAAGGCUGAGCUCCAGAGCACUGGUAUCCUCAAGGUAAAGAUUGCUUCCGGAAGUGCAAAGAUACGCACGGGUGGCCCUCACGACGACAAGAAAGACACAGAGAACGAGGCCAUACAAGAUACAGUUUGGACAGGUGUUCUGCCAAUUCACGCGAGCGUAGGAGAGCCGGUGGCUAGCUCGUACAACAAGGUUGAUGUGCCAGAUUACUUGGCGGAAUUUUCGAAAGAUCUCAACACUGACAAUCAGCAGUAUGCUGUCAACGCUGCAAAGGAUACUUAA